AUGUAUGUCGUUCUCAAUACUCCUAGGCUCUUGAGCCUUACUCGUAUUCUUACGCAGGUAGAUGAUGAUGUCCAUUCUGUGUCCCGAGAAGCGGAGCUAAACAGUUAUGGCAAGACUGGGAAGUGGUAUAAAGUUGAUUCUCUCGCUAUGGGGCGAAACGUGGCUAAGUACAUGAGGCAGGCUGUCAAAGAAAUGGGAAGGGAUCAUAUCAAGGGUCUUCGCCAGUCCACGUCGGUUGGGGAUUACUUCAGCAAGACGAAGAAGAGACAAGAGGUUCCGUGA